GAGCGCAUUGCACUUAAUUGUUGCCACAGCCACAGAUGUAAAGAGGCUUGUAAGAAAAAUGUUCUCACAGUGAGCUUCCUUAUUUGAAGCAGGACUCAAUCCUUGGUUAAAAGCUAUGGUAUUUGAGCUAGUUAAACACGUAUCUUUCUCCCAUUCCAUAGGGAAUGAGUUGGGCUGUCCUUCCUCCCCACAUUCACCUGCAUUUCGUUAGAGAGCAGUGUUCACAUGCCACACCACAAGAUCCCCACAAUGACAUAACUCCAUUCAGAGACUGGCGUGACUGGGCUGGGUCUCCCCACCCCCAUUCAGCUCUUGCAUCUCUCAGAAUCUGGCAGCCAGUUCCGUCCUGACAGAGUUUACAGCAUAUAUUGGUGGAUUCUUGUCCAUAGUGCAUCUGCUUUAAGAAUUAACGAAAGCAGUGUCAAGACAGUAAGGAUUCAAACCAUUUGCCAAAAAUGAGUCUAAGUGCAUUUACUCUCUUCCUGGCAUUGAUUGGUGGUACCAGUGGCCAGUACUAUGAUUAUGAUUUUCCCCUAUCAAUUUAUGGGCAAUCGUCACCCAACUGUGCACCAGAAUGUAACUGCCCUGAAAGCUACCCAAGUGCCAUGUACUGUGAUGAGUUGAAAUUGAAAAGUGUACCAAUGGUGCCUCCUGGAAUCAAGUAUCUUUACCUUAGGAAUAACCAGAUUGACCAUAUUGAUGAAAAGGCCUUUGAGAAUGUAACUGAUCUGCAGUGGCUCAUUCUAGAUCACAACCUUCUAGAAAACUCCAAGAUAAAAGGGAGAGUUUUCUCUAAAUUGAAACAACUGAAGAAGCUGCAUAUAAACUACAACAACCUGACAGAGUCUGUGGGCCCACUUCCCAAAUCUCUGGAGGAUCUGCAACUUACUCAUAACAAGAUCACAAAGCUGGGCUCUUUUGAAGGACUGGUAAACCUGACCUUCAUCCAUCUCCAACACAAUCGGCUGAAAGAGGAUGCUGUUUCAGCUGCUCUAAAAGGUCUUAAAUCACUCGAAUACCUUGACUUGAGCUUCAAUCAGAUAGCCAAACUGCCUUCUGGUCUCCCUGUCUCUCUUCUAACUCUCUACUUAGACAACAAUAAGAUCAGCAACAUCCCUGAUGAGUAUUUCAAGCGUUUUAAUGCAUUGCAGUAUCUGCGUUUGUCUCACAAUGAACUGGCUGAUAGUGGAAUACCUGGAAAUUCUUUCAAUGUAUCAUCCCUGGUGGAGCUGGAUCUGUCCUAUAACAAGCUUAAAAACAUACCAACUGUCAAUGAAAACCUUGAGAACUAUUACCUGGAGGUCAAUCAACUUGAGAGUAAAGUUUGAUGUAAAGAGCUUCUGCAAGAUCCUGGGGCCAUUAUCCUACUCUAAGAUCAAGCAUUUGCGUUUGGAUGGUAAUCGCAUCUCAGAAACCAGCCUUCCACCGGAUAUGUAUGAAUGUCUACGUGUUGCAAAUGAAAUCACUCUUAAUUAAUAUCUGUAUCCUGGAACAAUGUUUUAUGGUUAUAUUUUUCUGUGUGUCAGUUUUCAUAGUAUCCAUAUUUUAUUACUGUUUAUUACUUCCAUGAAUUUUAAAAUCGGAGGGAAAUGUUUUGUAAACAUUUAUUUUUAUUUUAAAGAAAAGAUGAAAUGCAGGCCUAUUUCAUCACAAGAACACACACAUAUACACGAGUAGACAUAAAACUCAAUGCUUUAUUUGUAAAUUCAGUGUUUUUUUAUUUCUACUGUCAAAUGAUGUGCAAAGCCUUUUACUGGUUGCAUGGAAAUCAGCCAAGUUUUAUAAUCCUUACAUCUUAAUGUGCCCCAAAGCCUGGAUUGAAUACAUCUGGAUGUUUACUGUCUUGAACCAAAUUAUCUUGAUAUAUUCAAAUUUGUCUGGUUAAAAAAUAGGUGGUAGAUUUUGAGGCCAAGAAUUUUGCAAAAUACAUGAAGCCUCAUGCACUUAAAGAAGUAUUUUUAGUAUUAAGAAUUUGCAUAUUUACCUAGUGAAACUUUUCUAGAAUUAUUUUUCACUCUAAGUCAUGUAUGUUUCUCUUUGAUUAUUUGCAUGUUAUGUUUAGUAAGCUACUAGCAAAAUAAAACAUAGCAAAUGGCA